CGGAAAAUCGUCGGUAAUCGCGAUGACUAAAAACUACCAUUUUUUCCCAGUGCGGGACUGUUUGACGCAAUUCGCAUCCAUAAUAUUUAUUGUGAUUAAAAUAAUUGUACUGUACAAGUUUAACGCGUUCUGUGUGUUUUUCAAUUUUAUAAACGCCGACAGUAUGAAACGUAAAUUUCAUCGCGAACGCUUCGGGUCGGUCGCGCAAUUUCGCCUCAAUCCCCUCCUCCCCAGAAAAACUCGUGGAAACCGACGUACGCAUAGCUGGUAAACGAUAUUUUUAUUCAUUUAUUUAUAUAAUAUGAUAUUAAAGAUGACGGUUACAACACGUUCGACGGUUCGGACGACAGUCCGUUAUCUUUACAUCGCAUUUUACGAGGUCGUGUUCUUUUUCCUAUGGAGCAGCCCGAAGGCCGAAGACGAGCAAUGUAUCAACGGGAACUGGAAGGGGAACAAAUGAACAAUGACCGGAAACCUUCGGCAGCUGACGCUCGGACGGCCAGACGACACUACGGCACUCGGCCGGAAAACACGGUAUUGCGAUCGUUGUCGUCCGGCAAUAUUGAUAAACCUGCGUACAACGUUAUUCCAACAGUUGUAGCUCGGUCAUCGUCAUUGGCUAUUCGGCGUUUCGGCACUUUUCAGUCCGAGUCGGUCUUUUUGUAUUUUGCUCGUUGGAGAAGCAAAGUGCACUAUUACGUAGAGCUCAUUCAUAAUAGGUAGACGCCGUUUAAUUCAACAUCUAAUAUUGUAAUUGCGUGUUAUUGGUGCUAUAGGUUUAAAAUAUUAUUUUAUAAUGAAUUAAUAACCGUACUUGUUUUAUUAAAUUCAUUUUUUUUUUUGUUUGACGGGUACCAGAUUUUUGUCAGAAGUGAGGAGUUGUUUCGCUGCGUCAUGUCUUCAGAUGUACCGCGGUACGGCUGGAAGGUAGACCUCGACCAUCAGUUUCCCGAUCCCAGAACGCCCAAUUAUAUACCAAAGUUCAAGCAAAUUUUACAAAUGUUACCUCUGAUAAUCAGGUAAAAUUUGCACAAGUAUAAGUUGAAUACCUAGGUUUGGUAUAUUUUUACUUGUUUUUCUUAAGUUGAUUAUUAAUAAUAAUAUAGCUGCUUAUGUUUUUCUUACAUUUUUUGUUGUUGGAAAAUAAUAUUCAUGCUUGUUGUACCUAUCUAUAUAGGAAAUAUUUCAGUAAAUACUUUGCUUGGAAUACAAUCAUCAUAUUUUAUAUUUGUUUUUUUUAUCAUGAGUAACUAUUUUUUUCAAAUAUGGGUCAUUGUUCAGUAUAAUUAUUAUUUUGUAAAUCGCAUAUUAUUAGGCCAAUCCCACUAAAUAUACCUACUAUUAGGAUUGCCUAAAAAAUAAAAUAAAAUACUUAAAAUAUCUUUUUAGAUAAUAAUUUACAACUAAGUACCCAAUUGUUUAUUCUGUAUUUUUAACAUAAACUAAAAAUAUUUUUGACAAGUCAUUAUUUUACUAUUAAAACAUACUCUGAACAUAACUAAAAUUGUGAUAUGAGUAUUAUAGCUACAAUAAAAAUAAAACCUAGGCAAUUUUUAAAUAUAAUAUUUUUUUUUAUUUUUACUCAAAUUCAUCCUACUUGGGAUCGGCCAAGAAGAAAGGAAAAAGGAAAGCUAAUGAGAAACAUGGAAAUUAUUGUAAACCAAUUAUUAGAUUGAAAUCUGUAGACGAUAUAAUUAUAUAUAUUAUGUUAUAAUGCAUAUGACAUGUUAAUCAGUCAAGAUUACAAAAAAAAAUAAAUAAAAAUUGGGCAUAGACAUAUUAAUAAAUGGACUGCGCCUUUUACAUAUCCAGUCUAUGUCUCCGUGAAACCAACAUUGUUAAAAAAAGAUUAAAGAAAUUAUACAUGUAUAUGAAAGAGAUAGAGUAUAGUUUAAAAAAAAAAUCAUUGAAGAAAAAAAUAAGUUAUUAUGGAAUCACAUAUUAUCACAUUUUCGAAAUUUGGAGGUGUGAUUAUAUAAAAUAUUAUAAUAUACUAAUACUUUUCAUUGCAGGUUUUAAUAGCACUCUGAAGAACCAUUUUAAGUUAAAAAUUAAGUAUUUUUCAUGAUAUUUGAUUUGUUGUCCUAUGACUGUCUUAAGUUGUAUGCCAUCCUCUUUCUAACAAUGUUGGUAUAUGAACCUCUCUUUCUAUGAUGAGUCCACUUAUUAAUAUGUCUAUGGUAUAGGAAUAAGUAUUUAACAUGAUAAUACAUUUUAUCACAUAUAAUAAGUAAUAAUCAAUUACUUUUGGUUCUGGUUUUUUUAUUUUAAUACUUUGUCCACAUUGUUUAUCUAUUAGGUUUAUAUAACUAGUAUCUGAAUUUUAAUUUCAGUCUUAAUGUCUUAAUGUGUAUUUGAUUAAACUAAAAAAAAAAAAAAAUAAUUUUCAUAUAAUAUUUUUAUUAAGUUUUUAAUGCACCCAACAACUGAUAAUUUUAUUAUUAUUUAAUUAUUUUUUUAAUAUCUAUAGGUAAGAUUAAACAAUUUUUUUAUACAGACAUUUAAUAUAGUAUUUUAUAAUGUUGGCAGAAAAAAAUGUUACAUUGUGUAAUCCAACCUAAUCUUAAUCUUCAUCAUUUUAAUUGUGAGAUUGAACAGUAAAUACUUAUUGAUUUCAAGUCAAUUAUUUAGCUGGCUAAUAUCAUAUACUUAUUUAUAUAAUAUUGAAUUUUUAUAAUAUUCUAGUUUAAAUUUUAUAGCAAUAUUGGCUAUGAGCAUAAUAAAAUGUACCUAUGUUCACUUCAGUGAAAUUGGUUUUUUCAUGAACUGUAUUCUCAGGUUAUGAAAUUCAUUCAGAUUGUGGAUUUUCACGGAGAUACAUAGAGUGUUUCACAGAAUUCUGACAAAUGCAAUAAAUUUAUUUUUUUCAACAUUUUCAAGUUUUUUUUUUUUCGUAAUAAUUAGUAGAGGCUCUAUGAUUUCUCUAUGUUAUAUUUUUUUAAAACUAAAAUUCAAGAUAGCCAUUUUAAAAAUAUAUAUAAUUUUAAAACAAAUAUUUGGUAUUGCAAAUAUUUACUAAUGAUGAACAUUUAUUUUUUAAAAAAAAAUCUAGUUUAUGAUUUAAAUUGUUUUCAUUGCCACUACUAAAUUGUAUUAAUUUUUUCAUUAAUUUUGUCAUGGAAAAUAAUUUUUUAUAAUUCCAAAAAUUGGUAGAAAAUUCCAUAAAAUAAUUGGUACUUUGUCUUUAAAGACCCUUGAAAAAGUUUUUUUUAUGUUUUCUAUAAGGAUAUUUGUAUGGUUAAUUUUUGUUACCCAUGGAAGGCUUCUAACAUAAACUAUUAAUAUUAAUAAAAAAAACACUCCAUUUCAAUUUAUUUUAUUUUAUAAAUUAUACAAUGUUUACAAUUUUGAUUAGAUUUAUGUACAUAAUCUAAUUAUAGUUAUAAAAAUUAAUUCUUCUGGUUUUAUUUCUGGAUUAGUGAUUUUUAAUCAGUGUGUUAUGACUGCAAUGUUGUUUUUUGACUUUCUAAUAUAUUUUUAAUUACCAUAUCAAUAACUAAAUAUUAUAUACAAAUGUAUCUAACAAACUGUAGACAUUAUUUUUUAAAUUAUUUAGUUAUAUAGGUUAUGAGUACAUUAACAAGUCUAUUUAGUUUUUAAUGUAUUAUAAAGGCCCAUCAGCUCUAAAUAAUUUAUAUUUAAUGUUUUAAAUGUUUUUUUUUUUUUUAGGUAUCUGUUUUACAUGUUAUUAUGUUUUUUAAGGGGUCGAAAACCAAUAAUGGAUUUUUUAUUUACAAUUAAGUCAAAACAUAUGUAUGGUAGGAACUGUUUUAGUUAUAUAUCAUUUCCAUACCACUGUAAACAAAUUAUAUAUGUAUUUAUAUAUGAUUUUCAGGUGUACCUUUAGGCGGUAUUGGAGGUGGGACAAUAGGCCGUGGCUUUAAAGGAGAAUUUUGUCGUUACCAAGUUAUUCCUGGUAUGUACGAGUAUGAAACCGUCCAAGCAAACCAGUUCAUAGUUAAUAUUCAAAAUGUUGAGAAUAUUACAGUAUACAAUAAUGUUCUGUCUUGUAUGAAGUGAGAAAAAUAAAAUGAAAAUAUUAUUUAACUAGGUCCAGUCAAAUUAUUUCAUUGUGUGUUUAUUUUUAUGAAUUUCAGACAAAAUGAAAAAACGUUGUACAAUUGGAAAUGGGAUUUUCCAGCAAACCAAGCUAAGUACACAGGUCUUUAUCCAAGAUCAUGGACUGAAUAUUUGAUUCCAGAAUUAGAUAUUAAAAUAAUUUGUAAACAAAUUUCACCUGUCAUUCCUCAUAAUUAUAAAGUAUAGAAUAUCAUUAUAUUUAAUUCAGUUUUGUAAUUGAAAUUAUAUUUCUAUUGAUUUUGGAAUUAUGAUUUUUUAGGAUAGUUCUAUACCAGGCGGUGUAUUCAUUUGGACAGUAGAGAAUAACAGCUCCGAACAAUAUUUUGUUAGUUUAACAUUUACAUUUGCUAGUGGCAAUGGUGUUUCAUCUUAUAAUACAGGUGAGUGCAAUGCAAUUUUACUUCAAACUACACAAUUAAAAUUAUUUUCUUUUUAACCCAUUGAAUUAUUUAUUUGUGGGUUGUUGGAGUUGAUUUGUGAAUAUCAUAUUCUAAUGUGUUGUGAAAUUUAAUGAGUCAAUAUUUCAAUAUUAUUAUUAUUUUUAUAACUUUAGUUUUAAGCUGAUUUUCAUAGUGUUAGUCAUUAUUGACUUUAUUCCUUAAUAAAUAUAUAAUUUUUCUACUUAAAGAUUAUAACAUCUAUUUAGAUAUUUUAUUAUGUGUAAAAAUAAAAUAUUCUCUCAUUAAAUUUUUAUUUUUACUUUGAUGAUUCUUUUGUUUUUGAUCAUUAUAUACAUAGUUAUUAUUAUUAAAUACUAUUAAUUUAUUCUAAUUGAUAUUAUUUAUUAAAUUAAUAUAGUUUUAUAUUUUUUUUAGAUGAAGCAAGCUGUGAACCAUUCAGUUUAAAUGAAGGUGGAACUGACGUUUCUGGAUCAUUAAUACACAACCAUUUUAAAAAUAUGCAAUGCACUUAUGUUCUUGGUGGAUUAAUUAAAGUAAAACAUUUAAAACUUGCAAAUAUUUUUUUGUUUUAAUUGCAAUUGAUUUAUAUUUUUACUAAAGGAAGGUGCUACUUUCAGCCAAUUGAACUUUGAUCCGAACAGUAAUGGAAUGAUUAUAUCAAAAAGUUUAAAUUUAUUCGGAGAAUUGAGAGACAUGCAACAAUUAAACCAAAAUAGUUUAUACAGUGAGCAAGAAUUAUAUGAUAUAUGAAAAUAUGAAUAAGUAUAAACUAUAAAUUAAAUGUUUUAUUUUAUGUUUGUUUAGUGAGAGGUGAAGAAGUUGCUUGUGCCAUUUGUAUAAAACAAUGUGUACCACCAAAUUCUUCAAAGAUUUAUGAAUUUGGCUUAUUUAUAGAUAUGCCUAAAAUAAAAUUUCCUAAAUCAAAUAUUGAGUAUUUAAGGUAUACUUAAUUUUAAUUUUGAAUAAUAUUUAUUUAUUAUUUUAUACUAUAGUAUAUGUUUUAUAGGUAUUAUACUAAAUUUUUUGGUGAAAAUAACAAAGCUGGUCCUCAAAUAAUGCAUUAUUCAAUGACAAAUUAUAAAAACUGGGAACGAGAAAUUGAAAAAUGGCAAAAUCCUAUUUUGAAUGACCCGUGAGUAACCUCUGGUUCUAAUCUAUACAGUGUUAAACUUAGUUAAAAUUAGUUAAACAACAUAUGUACACAUUUAUUAUGUAAUUUUGUUUAAUAUUUGUAUAAUUUUUUCGAUAUUACAAUAUAACAGAAAAAUGUAGACACCAGGUAUACUGGGUUCUAUAAUAUAAUGGGUAUUUGUACUAUUUUAUUAUACACUAUACUAUAAUAUAAUAUUUUAAUUAAAAUUCAUGUUUUGUUACAUAUCUUAUUAAUUAAUUAGUUAAUUUAUAUUUUAGACUGUUACCUGAUUGGUAUAAAAGUGCUAUAUUCAAUGAAGUAUACUUUAUUGCUGAUGGCGGAACUGUUUGGUUGGAAACUCCUAAAGAGAAUCUCAAUUGCAUUGAAGAGACAGACCCAAGAUAUGAAUAUGGUUAUUUUGGUUAUUUGGAAGGUCAUGAGUAUCGUAUGUAUAAUACAUAUGAUGUACAUUUCUAUGCAUCAUUUACAUUAGCAAAAUUAUGGCCUAAAUUACAAGCGUGUAUCCAAUACAAUUUUAGAGAUACUGUUGACAGUACAUUAAAUAUUACUAGAAAACAUUUGGCCUGUGGUACUUAUGGGUUACGGAAAUAUAAAUAUAGUGUACCACAUGAUUUAGGUGAUCCAGGUAAGUUAAAAUUAAAAAAAUAGUACAUUAUUUUUAUGACAUGUUGUAUAUUUUUAUUUUUUAAUAGAGGAAGAUCCAUUUAAUUUAGUGAAUGCUUAUUUAGUACAUGAUGUAUCAGAAUGGCGUGAUCUUAAUUUGAAAUUUGUUUUGCAAUGCUAUAGAGACUACAUUCUAUUUGCUGAUCAAAAAUAUUUGACUGAUAUGUUUCCUCAGGUAUUAGAGUGGUUUAUGUAUUUUAAAUGAAAUAUGUUGUUGUUUUUUGAUUUUUGUUUGUAUACUUACUGUAUAAAUUGUUUCAUGGUAACAUAUCUAAUAAAUUGCAGCAAUUAUUAAUAUGAUCUAUAUGUAACAGAUUAAAAAUGUGAUGGAGAAAUCAUUAUCUAUGGAUAGUGAUGGUGAUGGAAUGAUUGAAAAUUCUGGAACAGCUGACCAAACUUUUGAUACUUGGAUAAUGACAGGUGUAAGGUAAAAUCACAUUAUUAUUUAAAUAUUUGAAGUCUAGCAUUAUAAGGUGAUUUUUUUAAACCCAGAACAUUUACUAUUUCAGAGAGUAUUAACUUAUAUUUAAAAUGUUCUUUUAGAAAAUUUAAGGUACACUAAUUUUCAAAUUUUUUAUUACUCUUUUUUUUUUUUUUCGUUUGCUAUUAUGCUAUUAGACUAAAUCCUAUUAAACUUAUGAUGUUCAAAUGGUAAUCUAUGUUAACAUUUUAAUAAUGAAUUAGGUUUCAGUUUAAAUAAAUUUUGUUGUUGAAAUGUUUAAUUUCCAUUAACAAUUUUGGCGAGAUUUACUUCUGAAGUGUGAUCUUUUUGAUGAGGGAUACUGGUAUGGAAGAAGUAGUGAAGUAUAAAUGAUGUAUUAUUAUGGUCAGUUUUAAACAAAAUAAGUUACAGUUAUCCUGUUCCUAGUCACAAACCAUUCUAUUUUUGUAUAUUAGUUUGUUGAUUUUAGGUUUAAACAAUCUAAAUAAGAAGAAGGAAUAAAUAAACUAAUUAUACAAACAAAUGAAAUGUGAAUCUUCUGUGAAUCAUUGAAUAUAUAUUUAUUGAGUAUCUAAUGGGUCCUGGUGUGUUUCACAAUUUGGAAUGUGAACAUUUUAGUCUGACAGAUAUUAUUAAACAUUAUGCUAUAAAUAUGAAAUUGUAUAUCUUAUAUUUUAACGAAUUCUCUGCAUUUAUGACUGUUUAUUUAUUUUAGUGCUUACUGUGGCAGCUUGUGGAUAGCAGCUCUUUAUAGUACGGUUCAGAUAGCAAAUAUUUUAGAUCAAAGAGAUAUUUAUGAAAAAUAUUCGAUAGUAUUAAAUAAAGCAAAGGAAGUAUUUAAUACAACUCUAUGGAAUGGUAAUUUCUUUUGGUAAUCAUUGAAGUGGCAUGAAUGUUGUUUUAUUAAACAAAUUUAUAAUAAAAAUGAUCAAACUUUUAAUUUAAUAAUACAAACAAUAUCAUUUAAAUGUUAUAAUUUAUAAAUCUCUGUUGUGUGGUCUAAAACGAUUAUUUUGAGGCAUUGAUAAUAAACUAAAUUAAUAUAAAUAAAAGUUUUAUUUGCAUAAAAUACAUUAUGUACGACAUAAAUAUAUAGUUUUAAGUACAUAGUAUAGUGUGUUUGAAUGGGCUGCGUUGUGAAGAGAGUAUAUCAGUUUAUACAUCAUUACAUAAAAAUGUAUACAUGGUUUUUGCAAAAUAUAAUUGUUUCAAUUUUUUGUUAGUUCAAGUGUUCCUUUAUGUAGCAUUUAAUUAAAAUAAAUGAUUAUCAUAAAAACACAAAUUUUAAUUAUGUUUGGUAAUUUCUAAUUUUUUUAUCCAUACAAAACUAUAAGUGUUUUAUAUUAUUUAUUACAUAUAUAGACAACAUAGUACAUCAUCUUUAACAUUUAUUGAUCAUAAUUUUAUUAUUACACAUACACCUGAAUAAUUUGUCACUGUUGAGUUUAAUUUAAAUGUGAAAAAUCAAAUACAGUCAUUUUAAAUUUUUAGGUGAUUACUAUGAUUUCGAUUCAUCUGGUAACCCUCAUUCAAAGUCAAUAAUGGCUGAUCAGUUGUGUGGUGCAUGGUAUUUAAAAUGUUGUGGAGUCACCGAAGAGGUUGAAUAUAGAGAUAGAUGUUGUAUAUGUCUAACGGUAUAUAAUAUUUAAUGAAUUGUGUACUUCGAAUUUUAGGUGUUCCCACUUGACAGAGUUAAAAAGGCACUCCAGAUAAUAUACAAUAUAAAUGUGCAAGGAUUCAAUGACGGACAAAUGGGAGCUGUGAAUGGCAUGAUGCCUGAUGGAAAGCCAGACACAUUCUCUUUACAGAGUGAAGAAGUCUGGACAGGAGUUACAUAUGCUGUGUCUUCUUUAAUGAUCUUUUAUGUUAGUUUUCAUUUAAAAAUAGAACACAUUAUGGUUAUAUAAAAAAAAAAAAAAUGUUUUUAGGGUUUACGUGAAGAAGGUUUUAACACAGCAAAGGGUAUUUAUGAUACUGUUUACAAUAAGAUUGGGAUGGCAUAUGAAACACCCGAAGCAAUUUAUUCUAAAAAAGCAUAUCGUUCUGUCGGUUAUAUGAGACCACUGAGCAUAUGGUCCAUUCAAGUUGCUCUGGACAAUGUGACUAAAGAAUUACUAGAUGAUUAAUGUGAUAUCAGAAUUAUUUGUUUGUAUUAGUAAUUUUAUAUAAUAAAUUAAAGGUAAAUUAAUUUUGUAUAAUACUGUAGCUUAUGUAUGUUAACAUGACUAUGGCAAUAACAAUAGUGCUGGUCAUCGAUGAAAACGACAGUGCUGAACUCUUACAAUAAUCUAAGUUGCAAGAGUUGUUAGAGGUUAUUGAGUCGAACUGUGCUUCGAUUGGCUGCCAUGGGCUUAGUUGAGACGAACCAUUGUUCAUUGGUACGGCAUGUUCAUUGAGUAAAAACAUUGCCUUAUUCCCGUCCUUACAUCUGAAAAACACUGCUAUGACAUUGGAAGCAAACGGGUCUAUGUACGAAGUCCUCCAUUUCCGAGUCUUCAUAUUUUCAAAGUUUGUGCUUAAUAACGGUGUAUCUCCUUUGCCAAUUCCUAACCUGGUGACCACGCUCAAGACGUUUGGCGAGUGUCCAAAGUAAAAUAUUCCCAAUGGUCCGGUUUUAUCUCUAGCUAGAUUCCUAAAAAAACGAAAUAAAUUGUGUUGUUUUUAUACUAUUUUUAGAUCGUAAUUACGUGGCCAGAAGUAUACUUGAAAUUUUCGAUUAGAUCCUUUAAUAUAGGACAUCCUAUUUUCUCGCUGUUGGGAUUGCCGUACCCGUUGGCGUAGUAAUACUUCAGGUCUUCCAGGUAUUCGAAGAUCUCAAGAAAGGAAAAACAAACAGUACAAACUAUUAUUAUCCGUUUUAAGCAUAAUACUGUACCUGGUACCUAGGUAUGUGUAUUUACUAGUAUAAAUAUAUGAGCAGGCGUGUUAA